AGAGCAUUCGGAAUCACCAAAUCGCGUUACCAUUCUCCAUUGGCAAUCAUCUGAUUGAGCAUGCACGCCUGAGGGUCAGCUCCGUGCUUACGGGAAGACACGCGUACCAUGUCGAACAUGCAGUUCUCUCCCGUUACACGUUCCAAUUAUGGCCCUUGCGAAGAGAACCGCCAGCUUGGUACCGACAGGAAUCGUUCAUGCGUCAGUCUUGACCGCAGCAGAGUCAUCAACUCUAUAAAUCAUAGCAGUGAGCUUCAGUUGACAAUACCACACUUGCCUUCGUUGUCAUUCAUCUGGGCAAGGUCGUUUGUUCCUCACCUCUCCUUUCCAAUCUAUCACUUCGUUCUCUUCCAAUCAAUUUUCUUCGAGCAUGCAGCACAAAAUGAUUGCAACAGUGUCUCUCCUGGGAUGGGCUGCUGCUGCUGCUGCUGCCACUGUCAACACGACUUCGGUAGCUUCGGCAACCGCUACAACCACUGAAAGCGCUGGCACCACAUGCUCUGGCAAUACCGCAGCUUCGAGGACUGCCUGGUGCGACUACGACAUCUCCACAGACUACUACAGCACCGUGCCCAAUACCGGCGUGACUCGCGAGUAUUGGUUCGAUCUACAGGAGACGACGGUAUCUCCAGAUGGCAUUGAGCGCUCAGCUCUCACUGUCAACGGCAGUAUCCCUGGGCCUACCAUCUUCGCCGACUGGGGAGACACUGUUGUCGUACACGUUUCGAACAGCCUCACAACCAGCCAAAAUGGCACCAGCAUUCAUUUCCAUGGCAUCAGGCAGAACUACACGAACCAGAUGGACGGUGUUACGUCGAUUACUCAGUGCCCUACUGCACCUGGUCAGAGCUACACUUACACCUGGAGAGCUGAACAAUACGGAUCCUCAUGGUACCAUUCGCACUGGGCGCUUCAGGCAUGGGAGGGUAUUUUUGGACCAAUCAUUAUCAAUGGGCCGGCAUCUUCAAACUACGAUGAAGACUUGGGCAGUCUCUUCCUCAACGACUGGAGCCAUCAAACCGUGGACGAGCUUUAUGAUUCAGCUCAGACGGAUGGCCCUCCCACGUUGGACAAUGGAUUGAUUAACGGCACGAACCUCUACAACAGCUCUGGCACCGUCACUGGCUCUCGCUUUGAGACUACUUGGACGGAAGGCACGUCGUAUCGUCUGCGGAUCGUGAACGGAGCAGUCGACACGCACUUCAAGUUCAUGGUCGACAACCACACCAUGACGGUCAUUGCCAACGACUUUGUCCCGAUUGUCCCCUAUGAGGCAACUGUUCUCGAUAUUGCGAUGGGCCAACGCUACGAUGUUAUUAUCACAGCCGACCAGGCCGACGUUGCCAGCGACUUCUGGCUGCGUGCGAUUCCUCAGACAGCCUGCUCCGACAACGACUCCACAAACAACAUCAAAGGCAUCGUGCACUACGGCACUUCCACCGGCAUGCCCGCUACCACCGCCUACUCAUACACCGACGGCUGCGACGACGAAGACCUGAGCAACCUCGUCCCUUACGUGUCGAAAGACGCGUCAUCAGGAACCUCGCUUGCGGAGUCGGUAGCCGUUGGCCAGAACGACGACAACCUGUUCCGCUGGUUCAUGAACUCGACCAGCAUGCAAGUGUACUGGGAAGACCCCACGCUGCUGCAAGUCUACAACGACGACCUGAACUUCACGACUGAGAGCGGCGUCGUGCAGCUCGACAGCGCCAACCAGUGGUACUACCUCGUAAUCGAGACGUCGAACGCGGUGCCGCACCCGAUCCAUCUUCACGGGCACGAUAUGAGCAUCCUGGCGCAGGGGACGGGCAGCUACGACUCUGCAGACGUGUCGCUGGAUCUCACGAACCCGCCGCGCAGGGACACGGCCAUGCUUCCCGCGUCCGGGUACCUUGUGAUAGCGUUCGAGACGGACAACCCGGGCUCAUGGCUCUGCCAUUGCCAUAUUGGCUGGCACACGAGCGAGGGCUUUGCGAUCCAGAUCCUGGAGCGGUACACGGAGCUGCAGGAGAUGAUCGACUCUGACGUCCUGAACAGCAACUGCGAGGCUUGGACGACUUAUGCUGAAGGCUCGAGCGUGGAGGAGGUGAAUGACUCUGGUAUUUAAAUGUGCUGAUGAGCGUGCGGACGCGGAGACGGCAGUGGUACUGUUAGUGGGGCUUGUGGGGUAGCUUUAUGGUUGGGCUUUAUUGAUAAGUGUUACUCUGCGCUGUUCGGCUUACCUUGUGAGGAGGGGAGUAUAGGGUGUUGAGUGUUUUAUGUAUUCAAGGAUGAAAAAUACUCUUGUAUGGGCAGAAUGGCCAUGAACUCUGAG